AUGUCAAAUUCGUGCUCUCUAGGCGGUAUAUCAUUACAGGCGAAUUGCCCGACUUUAACCGAUUGGCGUCUGAGGGAUCUCGGGAAUAACUGCUCGGCUCAGCUUUUUUACGCCGACUUGAAUCGUACAUAUUCCCUGGGUACCUUUUUCUAUCCUGAGACUGAGUCCUGUGAGAAAUUUGGUCAGAUAAUCUUUCUAGAUGAUGUGCCAACAGGACCAGGAGAUUUAGAUGUUGUCUGUAACGGUCAGCAGCAGGCACGGGAUCAGUGCUAUACAGUCACUGUCAAUAAUUCUCCGUGCAUGGGCACAUCCUCUGGCACAUCCUCUAACUCCAACUAUAUUGAACCUGUUUGUCUCGACAGGUCUCCGACCAUUCAACCAACCGCCUCAUCCCCUGGACCACCCAUUUCUUUUACUGCCACACCCACCAUUACAAACACGGAGAUUUUUCCAACUUCAACUAUUGCCUCUAACACUUCUCCAACACCACCCACUGUACCCUCUGACACUUCCCCGACACCACCCAUUGUGCCCUCUGAUGUUUCUACAACCACGCUCACUCCCUUCUCCCCGCCUUCUUUCAUAUCUCCUACUGCCGCUGAUAGUUCUCCACCACCCACUAUCCCCUCCGAUGUUUCUACAACCAUACUCAACCCCCCCUCCACCGUAACCGUCACAGUUACUGCAAUAUCUCAGCCAACGACCUUUACAACGAUCUUUGCACCUAGUUCAGAACCCACAACUACCUUGCCUUAUUCAUCGGCAUGCAAUUUUUUUUUGCACAAUCAGCGUGACAAUAAUUACUCUUUGCCUUCUUUACAGUCGCACCAGAAAUCUCCUUCCCAAUUGCAUAGAUAG